CUCACUUUAAAAUCAUCCAAAAUUUCAAAACUCUAAACGUCAGAAACAAAAAAGAUGAAAAUCUUUAACCCAUCUCAAAACCUAAUCUUAGCCACCACCAUUUUCCUACUGUCUAUUGUUCCUCUAAGAGCCCAAGACAGGCCACAAGACUUCUUGGCAGCUCAUAACCAAGCCCGAGCCGAGGUUGGGGUGGGUCCUUUAAGGUGGGACAACCAGGUGGCUGCUUAUGCCCGUAACCAUGCGAACCAGCGUAAAAGCGUCGGCUGUUCCAUGGAACACUCGAGUGGUGGGCCCUAUGGAGAGAACAUCGCUUGGAGCAGCGGUAACCUAUCAGGCGUCGAAGCAGUUGAAAUGUGGGUGAAGGAGCAAUUUGACUACGAUUAUGAGUCAAACACAUGUGCUUGGAACAAAGUGUGCGGCCACUAUACGCAGGUUGUGUGGGAAAACUCGGUGAAGUUGGGAUGUGCAAAAGUGAGAUGUAACAAUGGUAAUACCUUUAUUACUUGCAACUAUGAUCCUCCCGGUAACUGGGUUGGUCAGUGGCCUUACGGAGAAACAAAAAUUAAAACCAUCAUUUGAGUAUGUUUCGAAAUAUAUGUUAUACACAUGUAUGUACGGUACUGUUUCUAAGUUGUUUAUCCAUACCAAUCUUCUGUUGUCAGCUAAUAAUGAUUGGUUUGUCCGGUCCGGUUCUCGUUUGUACCAUAUAUAUACCUGGACUUUUAUAAUGAAAUAAUAAAAUGCAAUGCUACGGCACUUGCUUUGUUUGCUAUA